GAUGUUUGGUUCUUCGAAAUCGAUCUCGCCAAUCUCUCUAUCUGAAUCUCUCUUCCAUUUUCUUUCAAGUUCUUUUGGUUCUUCUUUUAUCCCAUCGGACCCUGCCUGAAAGAAGAAACGAUUAGAAAGUGAAGGAAAAUAAUAGGACACCCAAGAAAAUUUUGAUGAACCCAUCAAUUUUUUAAACUCGCAUUUUUAUUUUUUCGAAGUGGGUAUUUGGGAUUUUAUCCAUAGAGAAUGGAUUCGGAUAACAUUGAGUGCGUAUCGUCUAUAGAUGGCUUGGAAGAUGAAGAGAUCAAUUCUCAUCAUCCUCAUAAUUAUCAUCAAUCUCCGAAUCAAUACUCGUCAAAGCCUCACAAUAAUCACGGCGUGUCUUCUGGAAUUGCUCCUACAAGCGUCCAUGAAUUGCUGGAAUGCCCUGUUUGCACCAAUUCUAUGUACCCCCCAAUCCACCAGUGUCACAAUGGACACACAUUAUGUUCCACCUGUAAAACAAGGGUGCACAACCGAUGCCCAACUUGUAGACAAGAGCUUGGAGAUAUCAGGUGCUUAGCACUGGAGAAGGUAGCAGAAUCACUUGAACUGCCCUGCAGAUAUUAUUCGUUGGGGUGCCCGGGGAUAUUUCCAUAUUACAGCAAACUCAAGCACGAGUCAUUGUGCAACUUUAGACCAUACAAUUGCCCAUAUGCUGGAUCAGAGUGCUCCGUUACCGGGGACAUUCCUUAUCUGGUUAACCACCUGAAAGAUGACCACAAAGUGGACAUGCACACUGGUUGCACCUUCAAUCAUCGUUAUGUAAAGUCCAAUCCGCGCGAAGUAGAAAAUGCCACCUGGAUGCUUACUGUUUUUCAUUGUUUUGGUCAAUACUUUUGCCUUCACUUUGAAGCCUUCCAGCUUGGCAUGGCCCCUGUGUACAUGGCAUUUCUCCGUUUUAUGGGUGAUGAGGUUGAGGCUCGCAAUUACAGCUACAGCUUAGAGGUAGGAGCAAAUGGCAGGAAGCUCAUAUGGGAGGGCACGCCACGCAGCAUCCGAGAUAGCCAUCGGAGAGUAAGGGACAGCCAUGAUGGUCUCAUUAUCCAACGGAACAUGGCCCUUUUCUUCUCCGGCGGGGACAGGAAGGAGCUGAAGCUUAGAGUCACAGGAAGAAUAUGGAAGGAACAACAGAAUCCAGAUGCUGGGGUGUGCAUACCAAACCUCUGUAGCUGAGAGACUUAAUUUUGGAAUUCAUUUUUAUGGUUUUCGUGUUUGUGUCAUUCCAUAUAUGUGUUGUUAAACGUUGCCAACUUCUCCUGCUGCGUUGAUGUAUUGGAAUGCUUGAAUUGUGCACUGUUGCCGAAGUUUUAGCUUCUAAAUUGUUUAACAAACGACUCUUUUUGCCUACAUGUACUCUCUAUUCGGAUCAAGAUCAUUUCUAUUAUACUUUCACUCUAUUUUACUUUGC